GUAGAGCUGAACAUGUUUUGCAACGUUGGUACGUACGUUGCUAACCGGAAGUAUUGUUGAUUUUCAUUGUUCCUCGAUAAAUUAAUAAAGUGAUCGAAUACCAAAGAUGAGAUUCUCGUUCGUUGUUAGUUUUAAUAGUUUGUCGGGGGAAGUGUAGAUUUUGUUUGCUUUUAAACUGGAUGCGUGCGGAUGUGGUAGGUUGGUUGGUGGGUAGGUUUGUAUGUCGGGUAGGUAGGUAGGGUUGAGGAGGGCAGGAAGGAGAAGAGGAGGGUUGUGACGUCACGGGCGCCGCAGCUGUGUGCCGGGUCGUUCGUUGGGCGUUCAUCUGUAUGGCGGAGGGGCGUAAGGGCGAGAAUCGGCUGCGGUCGGGUUGGGCCGUUGUGCCGACGACGACGCCCGGGGAGGGGAGGGUCCCGGGGCCUGGCGUGGCCCGCGCUAUUUGACCCGGCCUGUCUCUCUCGCCUCCCCGCAUUCGUGCAGUAUAUGUGUAUACACCAUCGAUGCGAGCCGUGGCUGUGGCCGCCUUUGUUAACAGUGCUGAAACGAGAGCGCGUGUGCCCCUGCGCCGUCCGUCCGCCCCCCGUUCUCCACACCUCCCUCCUGCCCGCCGUCUGAGCAUCGUCAUCGUGUGUGCCGCGAGUGUCCGCCGCCGUCGACCGUGCGUUAGAGUGAGUGAGCGAGAGUUUCACGCCCAGUUUUAAUAAUUAUUACGACGCGGCCACUAUUUUCGAAAAACCACCUCCCGCGCGGCCCCACAGCCGCCUCCGCCGCCCCCAAAACCCAAAAUCGCGUCUUCCCACCAGUGAUCAUCGUCAACAACAAAACAGCAUCGCCAGCGUCGUCACCACCUCUCUCCCUCAAUAUCUUUUGUUUCUCCGAAUUAUUUUAUUCCACCGAUAUACCAUCGAUUACGCAAAAAAAAGCGCGCAACCGAGAGGAGAAACCGAAUCCAGAGGAAACCCAAUUUAUUGCUGUAACAAUGCCCAUAAUUGCGCGAGUUAGUGCCGAUGUUGAGAUCAGCGACAGCAGGAACGGAAAGCGAUCCGAGGAAACGGCGACAACAGUAUGAAUUCUGAGGCCACCGUCAAAAUAGAACCGACCUCCGUGACCGACACCUCUAACAACAACAAUAACAAUCACCAGGACGUGAAACCCUGCCCUUUGGCACUCCUAGCAGCAACCUGCAGUAAAAUCGGGCCAACGGGGACUGAAACGUCACACUCGAUCAUGAGCAAUACUCCGACCCCGGUGAAGAAUAUCCCGGUGGCCGCUGGCCAGCAGGUGGUCAGCGUGCCCGUCGGAUUGCAGCAGCAGAUUUCACAACAGUUGCUGCAGCAGCAGGGUGCGCAACUGGUUAGCGCUGCGACGAACGCUGCCGGCCAGAACCUUGCUUAUAAUGUUAUGCAGCCGAUGCAGACCGUUACCGUUGAUGGCCAGGAGGCUCUAUUCAUACCGAUUGCUGCUGGACAACAGCAUCAACAGAUCUUCAGUCCUGGACAGAUCAUCCGGAAUCCCAAUGUUCUUCCAGCGAAUUUGCAGAACUUGCAGACCGUGCAACUAUCGAAUGGACAAAGCGUGGCAGUGCGCCCUUCGCUACCCCAGGUCGUGCAGUUUCCCAUGCAGCAAACUAUCCCCGUCCAAGUGCCCAUCUCGUCGGCGAAUGGUCAGACCAUCUACCAGACUAUUCACUUCCCAGUUCAGCUUACGACAGCCGCCACCACCGUGCCGAACAUCAUCCAGGCGCAGCAGCUCAUGCCGCAGCUUGCCAACAUACUCACGCCCAACGGGCAGCUGCAGCAGGUGCAGAUUGCAACGGCAUCUCAGCCCCAGCAGCAGACGCCGACUUCACAACCCUCUGUAACCGUGCAGGCCGAUAACUCAGCUCAACCGCUCACCUUCACUGGUGCCAAUGGGCAGCAGUUCACCGUUAUUCCUGCGGCCAACCUCCAGCAAAUUCGUGGCACCAACGUGGGUAACAUCAUUCAGAUGCCCAAUAUCCAAACGAUACCUAUGCAGAAUAUCCCAGGUUUGGGAAACGUACAAGUGAUUACUCAGCCGACAGCAGCGCCUCAGCUUGUAGGGCAGCACAUCCAACAAGAUCCUACGGAUCCCAGUAAAUGGCAGAUUCUGCAGAGUAUAGGUGGAACACAAGUGCAGGCACAGCCACAACCGGCAGCUACGGCUACCACAACCACCGUCGCAGCCCCCAGCAUGACUAUCGCUCCAGAACCAGCGAAUAAUCAGACCACAACAACUACGACAAUACCAAUGUCAGAGAAUUCGCAAGACGGAUUGCCCAAACAGAGGGUGCGGCGCGUUGCGUGCACAUGUCCGAACUGCUCAGAAGGUGAACGUCAUUCAGAUCGGAAAAAGCAGCAUAUCUGUCACAUACCCGGCUGCAACAAGGUCUACGGCAAGACGUCACAUCUAAGGGCGCAUCUACGAUGGCACACUGGCGAAAGACCCUUCGUCUGCACAUGGCUCUUCUGCGGCAAGCGUUUCACAAGGUCCGACGAGCUGCAGAGGCAUCGCCGUACGCAUACGGGCGAGAAAAGGUUUCAGUGCACCGAAUGCAGCAAGAAGUUCAUGCGCAGCGAUCAUCUUUCCAAGCACAUCAAGACCCAUCAGAAGCAGCGCAUAACGCAGAUGAAGGGCGAAACUAUUCAGAUUGACGAUGACGUUAGCGGCAGUUGGUCGGUGGAUCAGCAGGAAAUGGAACAUGUCGAACAGAAGCCCCAGCAGAUAUGGAUAGCGUCCGAUGGCAAAGCGAAUGUUAAAUAUGCCAUCACGCAAAUUAAUUAUUCAGAGGAGGCUGCAACGUCCACGCAAUCCCAAUCAUCUGACUCUAGCAAUGAGGAGAAGAUGAUGAUCACCAUCAGCACAUCGGAAGCGGACGAACUUAUCAUCGCGGAUCCUCUAGAGAACUGAUAGCCUAUGUUCAACUAUCGUGAUCAUCCAUUAUCUACCCCCUCAUUCUUUCCAAUAACAAUAUUAGUACUAUUACGUUUGAUUAUUUUUUA